CAUGCAUUUGCUAACAGAGGCACAAAAUACAAGACAUUUUCUAAUAUGAAAUACAACAUGAUCCAUUUUUAUUGGACUAGGGAACGAAAUAUAACGCGUGUCCAAAUACGUUGUGACCAAUUUAAUCAGGUGAACUGGACCUGGUUAUUCUGCAAAAUCAGCUUCAAUUUAUCAUCGUCCACAUUUCCUUGAUGGACUUGCUCUCACUUCAACUCCAACCUGAAUGAGUCACGUGCGCUCUGAAUUGUUCCGUACUACGUCCAAGAUCGUAGCCUUAGCACGUUCAGGUAGAAUUUCUCAUGCUCGCAACUUGUUCGAUGAAAUGCCCCACAGAGACCCUGUUGCUUGGAACGCCAUGCUAUCUGCAUAUUCCCACUUGGGACUUUACCAAGAAAGUCUUGCUUUCUUUGACACCAUGCGAAUCUCUCAUUCAAAACCUGAUGACUUCUCAUACUCUGCAGCAUUAAGUGCAUGCGCCAGUGCUUCCUGUCUUCCUUUUGGAACCAGAAUUCAUGCUUUGGUUCUUGUUUCUGGGUACAGGUCUUCUCUUCCUGUUGGUAACUCGCUUAUUGAUAUGUAUGGUAAGUGUCUGUGUCCUGAUGAUGCAAGUAAAGUGUUUGAUGAGAUGACAGAAAGAAAUGAAGUCACUUGGUGUUCGCUACUGUUUGGUUAUGCAAACACUUGUCAAUUUGGAACGGCUUUCCAGUUGUUUCGCAGCAUGCCUAAAAGGGUUGAAAUUGCUUGGAAUAUAAUAAUCGCAGGUCAUGCUCGUUGCGGAGAAGUUGAAUCAUGCUUGCAUCUGUUUAAAGAGAUGUGUGUGAGUUCAUAUCUGCCAGACCAGUGGACUCUCAGUGCUCUCAUGCAUGCUUGCACCGAGUCAAUGGAAUUAUUAUAUGGACGCAUGGUGCAUGGUUUUGUUAUUAAUUCAGGUUGGAGCUCUGCCAUGGAGGUAAAGAAUUCAGUUUUAAGCUUUUAUGCCAAAUUAGAUCGUCAAAGUGAUGCUAUGAAGGUAUUUAACUCCUCAGAAGAUUUUAAUCAAGUGUCUUGGAAUGCCAUCAUUGAUGGCCAUAUGAAAUUAGGAGAUACCCAGAAAGCCUUUCUUGCCUUCCAGCAAGCCCCGGAAAAAGAUGUUGUUUCUUGGACUUCUAUGCUUGCAGGGUAUACCAGAAAUGGGAAUGCAGAGCAAGCUCUGAGUAUGUUUGUAGACAUGACAAGAAACUCUGUUCGGCUUGAUGAUUUAGUAGCUGGAGCAGUCCUUCAUGCUUGCGCUAGCUUAGCUAUACUAGCAUAUGGAAAAAUGAUGCAUAGUUUCGUAAUUCACCAUGGUUUAGACAAACAUUUGUACGUUGGCAAUAGCUUGGUUAAUAUGUAUGCUAAAUGUGGGGAUAUAGAAGGUUCUAGGCUUUCCUUUCAUGGCAUUGUUGAGAAGGACCUAGUAUCAUGGAACUCAAUGUUAUUUGCAUUUGGAUUACACGGGCAUGCUGACGAAGCUCUCUGCCUAUACAGAGAAAUGGUGGCAUCCGGUAUAAGACCAGAUGAAGUGACCUUCACAGGGCUGCUAAUGACUUGCAGUCACUUAGGCCUAAUAGAUGAAGGCUUUGCAUUCUUUCAAUCAAUGAGUUUGGAAUUUGGACUUUCACCUGGAAUGGAUCACGUUGCAUGCAUGGUGGAUAUGCUCGGUCGAGGCGGGUAUGUAGCAGAAGCAACUAGUUUAGCCAAGAAAUAUUCAAAAACAAGCAGAGAUAGGACCAAUUCAUGUGAGGUUCUUCUUGGAGCAUGUUACACACAUAGUGAUUUAGGAACUGGGAGCUCUGUGGGAGAAUAUCUAAAGCACUUAGAGCCUCAAAAGGAGGUUGGUUAUGUUUUGCUGUCAAACUUGUAUUGCGCUAGUGGGCAGUGGAAGGAAGCAGAGAGGGUGAGGAGGGCAAUGAUGGAUCAAGGGGUGAGGAAAGUGCCUGGUAGUAGUUGGAUUGAGAUAAGAAACAAGGUUACAGCUUUUGUAUCUGGUAAUAAUUCAUGUCCCCACAUCGCUGAAAUUUCAAAAAUGUUGUGCUUCCUUGAAUUAGAAAUGAGACACAUAUGGUUAAUUAAUUUUGAUAUUGAUGGAUUUUUAUAAAACGAUGGUUUAUUUAUUAUUAUUAUUAUU